UUUUGUAGUGAAUAGCCGAGAUUCAUUAUUUGUUUAGAAGUAGUGCAUAAAAGAUAAAGUGAAAUUAAAUGACACAAACUAAAUAAAUAAACAAUAAUUAUAAUAAAUAAAGACAAAAACGUUUAAACAAAAACUAACGUGCUUAUAAAUAAAUUAUUAUAAAAUUAAUUAAAAAUUUUUUGCUUAAACAAUUUAUUUUGAAAAAUAACAAAAAAAAAAUAUAUAUAUAAGGAAUUUUUCUAUAAUCAGGCAAAUAUGACUUCAUUGAUAACUACAGCCCUACUUAUAGGAUCAAUAUUACUUUCCCUACAAUACAGUUACAUAAUGGCUGGAACAAUUGCCCCCUCAGAAUCGGCAAGUCGUAAUUUAUUUGCUGCCGAUUUAUUUUCGGUUAUUGUGGACAAUAAAAUCAACGAAAAUAUAGUCUAUUCACCAGCUUCUAUACAAACAUGUUUGGCAUUAGCCUUUACCGGUGCCGAGGGAGAAACGGCCGAGGAAAUGCGUAAGGUCUUAAAACUCGGUCUAGGUAAUAAAACACAAGUGGCAGAAAAAUAUGGAGAAUUUUUAAAAGCUGCCUUUAAACCAAGACAAUCCAAUGAAAAGGGCCCACAACUGAAAAUGGCCAAUCGUGUGUAUGUGAAUAAUGAAAUCAAACUUUUGCCCCAGUUCAAUAAAAUCGCCCAAGACUAUUUUCAGUCGCAAGCAGAAAAUGUAGAUUUCAGUCAAAGAGAAGCGGUGGUGGAACAAAUUAAUAAUUGGGUGGCUCAACAAACCGAAAAUAAGAUAAAAGAUCUUCUAACACCCGAUGCGUUAAAUGAUGACACCAGUGCUGUAUUGGUAAAUGCCAUAUAUUUUAAGGGUAAAUGGUUACAUCCCUUUAGUGAGAUCACCACUAGUAAAGCAGAUUUUCAUUUGAACUCUAAGCAAAAACUGGAAGUUGACACCAUGUAUACAGAUGAUCGUUUUGGUUAUGUUGAAUUGCCUGAAUUGGAAGCCACUGCUUUGGAAAUGCCUUAUGAAAAUUCUGAUCUUUCCAUGUUAAUUAUUUUACCAAAACAAAUUGAUGGUUUGGAAAAAUUGGAAAGCAAUUUAAAGGGACUAGACUUGAAUGAUAUUACCUCGAAAAUGUUGGUGGAAAGUGUAGAUGUAUUCUUACCUAAAUUUCGCAUAGAAUUUGAUAUUGAUUUAAAGGAACCCUUAAAGAAGAUGGGCAUGUCCUCCAUCUUUUCAUCGAGUGCAAAUUUCAGUGGUCUAUUUGAUACUUCCGUGCCUCACAAGAUAUCGGAUGUUAAGCAUAAAGCAUUUUUAGAUGUCAAUGAAGCUGGUUCUGAGGCGGCAGCUGCUACCUAUUUAAAAAUUGUACCCAUGAGUUUGAAUUUAGAGCAGAAAACUUUCCGUGCUGAUCAUCCGUUUGUCUUUGCCAUACGCAGCAAAACUGCCGUUUAUUUUGCCGGUCAUGUGGCAAAGUUUUAAAUUGACGAAUUAUUUUUUUUAUACAGUAUUUUAUUGUUUUAUUUUAAAGUUAUAAUUAUAUACAUGUAUUAUUAUGAAAGCAAGGA